CAAACCCAGCGAAGCGAUUACGAAAAUCGCAGAACACAGCUCUUAACUCUGUAAAAAAACAGUCUUCGGCUUUCAGCUUGAGAACUGUGAAGAGGUAGCAGCAUAAGCAUUUGUACUCAGCUCUCAGAUCUUGACUCUUUGCUCCCUCCGAUUCCAAAACGCAAUGGACGCUCUGAGAAAACAAGCCAGUAAGCUCAGAGAACAAGUCGCCAAACAACAACAGGCUGUGAUAAAGCAGUUUGGUGGAACUGGGUAUGAGAGCUCUGAUGUAAUGGUUAUCGAUGAGGUCGAGUUGCAGAGACAUCAACAACUAGAGAAACUCUACAGGGCCACUCGCAAUGGAAGGGAUUUUCAAAAAGAAAUUGUUAAAGCAGCAGAAACGUUUACUGCCAUAGGCUAUAAGCAUAUUGAAACAGGAACCAAGUUGUCUGAGGAUUGCUGCAAAUAUGGAGCUGAAAACAUAAAUGAUAACAUUUUGGCUAAGGCUGCAUCUAUAUAUGGAGAUGCUCGUAAACAUGUGGAAAAGGAGCAAGAGGACUUCAAUAAGCUGUUAUCAUCGCAGGUUUUAGAUCCCUUGAGAGCAAUGAUCGCUGGUGCUCCUUUGGAAGAUGCUCGUCAUCUUGCUCAACGUUAUAGUCGUAUGAGACAGGAAGCGGAGACUCAGGCACUAGAAGUUUCCAGAAGACAAGCACGGGUAAGGGAAUCUCCAAUGCCUGAAAAUGUUGCAAAGCUGCAUGCAGCAGAAGCAAAAAAGCAGGAACUAAAAGCAAACAUGGCCGUUCUGGGUAAAGAAGCUUCAGCUGCAUUAGCUGCUGUUGAUGCACAGCAGCAAAGGCUGACCUUCCAGAGGCUUGUUUCAAUGGUUGAAGGAGAAAAGACUUAUCAUCUAAGAAUAGCUGCUAUUCUUGGGGAGGUUGAAGCUGAGAUGGUCUCAGAGAAACAGCGGAAAGAAUCUGCUCCCCCUGUUAUUUCGUCAGAGAAUGGCCCAGAGAAAACGACGUACUUCUUGGCUGAGGUAACACAUACUUUUAAUGCUGAAUCGGAGAAGGAACUGAGCUUGUCAGUAGGUGACUACGUUGUUGUGCGGAAGGUGAGUCCAUCAGGAUGGUCGGAAGGAGAAUGCAGAGGUAAUGCUGGAUGGUUUCCAUCAGCAUACGUGGAGAAGCGCCAAAGGAUUCCUACUGCUGAUGUGGCUGGGGAAGUUUACUAAGCAGUACCCAGGUAUUCAGCUGGUAGUUUAAGUUUGUCAUCUGUCCAAAUUGGAACAAGACUGUUUUAUGUAUAAAAUAGUAAAAAAGAGUACUACUGUAAUGCUAGUUUCUAUGCUCUUGGGUUUUUCAAAUUGUUUUGUGCAUGUUCUUUCAUAUUUAUUUAAAGAGAAUGGUCAUGUUUGCAGAUGGAAGGCUUCUCUUUUGUUAGUACUGAAAACAAAAUUAGGGAUGUGGCAUUUAGCUGGUUGGCAGAGGAAAUACAUUAAUUUACAACUAGAGCAAUAUAAAUUGAAGGCCAACAAAUAUGAUAACUAAUCUAUGGCCGAAAAAGAAACAACAAUAAGUAGCAAUCCCAGCCAUAUUUUUCGGGGGCAAUCCCAGUCAUUGUAAAGUUUUUAUGUGCACAUGGUGCUAGUACUACACCAAAAAACUAAGUGGAUGUUAUUAGUUUUGGUCUUUUCUACU